AUGCGACUGUCGCGGGGCGACGGGUGGGCGGCGACGCGCGCGACCACGACCGCGCCGCGCCGCCCGCCGCCCGCCGCCUCCGCCCCCGCCACGACCCCCGAGUCCGCCGCGGGCGGCCCUAGCCGUGCGCGAGUGUCGCGACCGCGAAGGGGGCACGCGUCGGCCGCCGGAGCCGCCGCCCUGGCCGCCGCCGGCAUGGACGACCGGCCGCCCCCGCCGCCGCCCUCGACGACGCUAGUGCUAGUGCCGACAGUGCCAGUGCCGCCCCCGACCUGCCCCCCGCCUCGCCGCCGCCUCCGGACCCUCCGCCACCGCCUCCGGCCGAGCGGCUCCGAGAGCUACAAAAAGCGCGCCGCGGCUGCAGCGGGCGCCGCGCCGUUUGAGGCGGCACCGGGCGGAGGGCAGGCGGCUGAGGCGCGGCCCGCCCGGCACAGGGCAGGCGCCCUUCCCUCCCGCUAA